ACUUCCUUCGAAAUAACCAACUCAAUGGCUUGGAUCUGGAUAACACUCGCCUUCGCUUUGAUUGCUCAUCUCUUAUUGCGAGCUUUGCUGUGGACACAAAGCAACAAGAGAUUGCCUCCUGGUCCAAGAGGAUUUCCGAUUCUUGGAAACCUCCAUUUGUUAGGAAAAAACCCUCACCAUAAUCUCCACAAACUAGCUAAAAAAUAUGGACCCCUCAUGCACUUGCGCCUUGGGUCCGUGCCCACGAUGGUCGUCUCAUCACCUGAAGUGGCUGAGCAAUUCCUCAAAACCCAUGAUCUUGUUUUUGCGAGCCGGCCGUCGAUUGAGGCCGCAAAACACAUCUCUUACGAGCAAAGGAACUUGACGUUCGCGCCGUACGGCCCAUAUUGGAGGAACAUCCGAAAGAUGUGCACUUUGGAGCUCCUCAGCAAUGCCAAAAUCAACUCCUUCAAGUCCAUGAGAAAAGAGGAGGUCGGCUUAUUUGUGAAUUUUCUCAAAGAUGCAUCUCAUAACCGCACGGCCAUCGACUUGAGCGCCAAGAUCUCAUCGCUAAGCGCCGACAUGAGUUGCCGGAUGGUGUUUGGGAAGAAGUAUAUGGACAAGGAGUUUGAUGAGAGAGGGUUCAAGGCCGUGAUUCAAGAAGGGUUGGUGUUGGCCGCCACGCCGAACAUCGGUGAGUAUAUUCCUUAUUUGGCACCAUUUGAUCUUCAGGGGUUGACGAAGCGCAUGAAAGCUGUGAGUAGAGUAUUCGAUGCUUUCUUCGAGAAGAUUAUUGACGAGCACAUGGAGUGCAAGAAAGAGGAAGGAGAGACCAAAGAUUUUGUUGAUGUCAUGUUGGGUAUCAUGGGAUUGAACGAGGGAGAGUAUCAUAUCGACAGGCCCCAUAUCAAAGCCAUAAUUCUGGACAUGUUGGUGGCUUCAAUGGACACUUCAGCAACAACAAUAGAGUGGGCAAUGGCCGAACUUAUCAAACAUCCUAGUGCAAUGAAAAAGCUCCAAGAAGAACUAGAGAAAGCCGUGGGACUGAAUAGAGCAGUGGAGGAAUCAGACACAGAUGGCUUGGAUUAUUUAGACAUGGUCAUCAAGGAGGCCAUGAGGCUCCACCCGGUGGCUCCGCUUUUGCUUCCCCACGAGUCGACCGAGGACUGCACGGUGAGCGGCUUCCACAUACCCUACAAGUCGAGGGUCAUCGUGAAUGUGUGGUCCAUCGGAAGGGACCCGAAAGUGUGGGGUACUCAUGACCCGGAAGAGUUUGUGCCUGAAAGAUUCUUAAGGUCGAGCAUGGAUGUUAAGGGGCGUGACUUUCAGCUCCUGCCAUUCGGAGCGGGCCGCCGAGGGUGCCCUGGGAUGCAGCUCGGCUUGACCGUGGUGCGGUUCAUAAUUACUCAGCUCGUGCACUGCUUUGACUGGGAGCUUCCUGGUGGCAUGUCACCGAGUGAGCUAGACAUGACCGAGGAGUUCGGGCUCACUACUCCUAAAGCCAAGCAUCUGGUGGUCACGCCUAGGUACCGUUUGAGUGAGUAAAAGAUAGUUGACUUUUCAAUGGACGAUUUAGUUUCCAAAAAUAAAUAUGAUCUUAUCAGGAAGUUUCAUGGUGUUAGUUUUUAUACCAAAUGGAUUGCCUACUAAUUUGUAAUUUGUAAUGAAAUUCAAUAAAGAUUUUUGAGUCGUGUGGAGAC